AUGUUAAAGUUUGCACCGAGCGAACGAUCGUCAUCCGCUCCAGUAUCUCCUGUUUCUGGAUAUGACUCUCCCACACCCCUUCUUGAACACUCCCGUCUCCCUGCAACUACAUGUGGUCAAAGACAACCGCCUCCCGUGACCAUCCACAGAUCCAAUCGCAGUAGGGGGGUUAGGUGGAAGCCACCAGUUACUUACAGGCGAGGACUUUCUCCACAACAAUCAGAAAUGAGUCUUUCAGCUCCAAGUAGUCCUGGAAAUGGUUCCAGUUUCUACGAACAAGUCCCAAUGGAUGGCUUUGAAAAUACAGAGGACGAUGAUACCGAUUACGACCGACCCUAUCGGCGUCCAUGGGUCAGCAAUUUUGAAGAAGCCUUCAGACGACACCGUCAUUUACGUUUUAACAAUCAUAACAAUGGUCAUUCCAAUCGUCAUCACGGUCACAGCAGACUUUAUUUGCCAAAUCAGCAGCAAACUUAUCACAGUCAAGGAAGACAUUUAGGAGGGACGCAGGAUUUGCUGGCUUUGCUGCAAAAGCUCGGAUUAGAGAGCUUACAUCAGCGUUUUCUGCAAAAUGGUUUCUCCAGAAUUGACCAAUUGGGGUGCUUGACACGUCAGCGACUGAUAGACAUGGGAGUAGAAAGUGCAGAGGUUCGUGCGAGCCUUCUUACAGCGGCUCAACUCCUAACAAAUUCUCGCAUCGAGAUGCCAGUGUGUUGUCUUAACGAAGAGAGAGACGCCUCAAUGGGGAACAGGACGAACAUUGGUCUUUAUGCUAGUGGUGAUAUCAUCUUUCCUACAUCCAGCGAUUAUUGGUUGUUGCAAGGAAAUGCGGAUUUGCAUGGGAACGAUUCCCUGGCUUCUCAACGCUCAAAUAGUUUGGGAACAAAUUAUUCUGGUGAAUUCAAAGUUCCCCCACCUCCUCGAGUGUUUGAUAGAACAGGUGCACGUUUUUUCAAUGGAGGUAAUAUGGGGUCAUUACAAAAGGAUACUAUACCGGAGGAAUAUCCCAUCGGACGGCCCAAAACACCAGUUGGAAUACUACGAAAAACUUCAGAAAAGAAUCAAUCCAACAGUGAGGCGAAUCGAUUUGGUCUUCCUGAUUCUGGUCGUAAACGGACAGGCUCCACACCAAAAUCCGUUAAAAUUGAUGAAUCAUCUCUUCAACACCAGAAUGUUCAACUACAGACCGAUAACCUUGAGGCUAUUGUUGCCGAGCGAUUAAGAAUUGAAUGGAUUGAUCUCACAAAGGUUCCCUAUACAAAUUCAGCUGGUGAAUCAGGCAUUCCUAUACGCUUAGUUGAACGGUAUGCUGAGGAAACGGGCAAUGAUUUUAUGGAAAUCGCUCUUGCAUUCGAAAGUUUGCGAGAACGAGCUCUUAGAAUCGCAAGUCUCCCCUUCGUAAGUCUUAACGAGGAGUAA